GCCUUCCCGCCAGUAUAUACCAUUCACUGGGAAAACAGAGACAGAGAAAAAAAAACGGAAAAUGGAAAACACUGCAAAAUUCAAGUUCUUUAUCACCAUCGUAUCUCUCUCAGCACUCUCAAUCCUCUUCAUCGCAGAGUGUCGCCGGAGACGCCGGCGGCAAAAUAAAAAACGUCCCCGAAGUUCCUGUUAUUUACGAGCCGACCCCAAGCCACAGUUCUCCUUCAAGCGCGUUUUAGCUGACAAUUCCUAUUCCGCUUUCAAGCACUUGAACACCUCCGACUCUACUACUAAAGCAGAUGUUGGAUCAGAGCCUGCUUCGAAUUCGCAUCCCUAUGAGGCUGAGAUAACGGCAUUAAUGGAGAAUCCGAAGCUUGAAUUCAAGUUAAUUAGUGGAAAUUUUGAUUUGGAGAUGAGUGAAUCGUACGUUUGGGUGGAGACUGAGUUGCAAUUGAAGGAGCUCGCGGCCAUGUUGAGUAAAGAGAGAGUCUUUGCAGUUGAUACGGAGCAACACAGCUUCAGAUCCUUUCUGGGUUUUACAGCUUUGAUACAGGUUUCUACUCAGAAGGAGGAUUAUUUGGUCGAUACCAUUGCUCUCCAUGAUUAUAUGCGCUAUCUUUGCCCGGUUUUUGCUGAUCCUAGCAUUUGUAAGGUGUUCCAUGGCGCAGAUAAUGACGUUCUGUGGCUGCAGAGGGACUUCCAUAUAUAUGUGGUUAAUUUAUUUGACACAGCAAAGGCAUGUGAGUUGUUAUUGAAACCACAGAAGUCACUAGCUUAUCUUCUUGAGACAUACUGCGGUGUAACAACCAACAAAUUGUUACAGCGUGAAGACUGGAGACAACGUCCCUUGUCGAUGGAAAUGGUGCAAUAUGCUCGAACAGAUGCACACUAUCUAUUGUAUAUUGCAAAUUGUCUAGUUGCUGAAAUGGAACAAGAAGAAAAUGAAAACUCUUCUCCCGAUGACAAAUUCCGUUUUGUUCUUGAGGCUAGUCGGCGAUCAAACAUGACAUGUUUGCAACUUUACACAAAAGAGAUUGAAGCUUCUCCUGGAGAUUCUGCUGCUUCGUCUAUUUUUUCCCGUCAUCUAAAUGGUCAAGGUGGCAUUUCAUCAGCUUCUGGUGAAUUCCAGGAUGUGGUGAGGCGACUGUGUGCAUGGAGAGAUUUAAUGGCUCGUGUCCAUGAUGAGAGCUUGAGAUAUGUAUUGUCAGAUCAGGCGAUCAUUGCUAUUGCUGAUAAAGUUCCAUCUACAUCGGAAGAUAUAGGUAGCACCAUUGCUGAAGCUGAUCUUAAUGUGGAUUUGAGUUCUGGCCUUGCAUCUCCAUCCCCUGUUGUUUGCAGCCAUUUGGAUGAUUUUUACUGUCUGCUCCAGGACAAGAUAGGCAAUCCUGAUGACAUUUUUCCAAUGAUUCUUCAGAAUUGUCUGGGUUCAAGAGGGAGCUGCCGAAUAUCAGUCUUUAAUUAUGCUUUGUUGGUUAAUUCUAGUUCGAAGCUGACAUUAGUCUCAAAACAAAAUGUGAUUAAAAUUUCAAAGCAUGUUUCUAGGAAGGCUUCUCGAGAUCUGUUUGUUCAAAAAUUUUCUUGCAAAUCUCCAGUUUAUCAUAAUUGCAGGAUUUAUGCCAAUGAUGGGCGGUUGCUUUGUUAUUGUGAUCAGAAGAAGCUUGAAUGGUAUCUUUGUCGGGACUUGGCAAAAGUUGUUGAUGAAAAUCCACCUGCCAUUAUGCUUCUUUUUGAACCCAAGGGUCGUCCAGAAGAUGAAGACAGUGACUUUUAUAUACAAAGUAAAAAGAAUAUAUGUGUCGGCUGUGGUGAAAGAAAUCACUACUUACGUUACCGUAUAAUUCCCUCAUGCUACAGAAUGCAUUUCCCUGAACAUCUGAAAAGCCACCGUUCUCAUGAUAUUGUCCUACUUUGUGUGGACUGCCAUGAAGUUGCCCAUGCUGCUGCUGAGAAGCAUAAAAAACAGGUUGCUGAAGAAUUUGGAGUUCCUCUUUUUGUUCGUAAAGUGGUUGAUGCGGAAGAAGCCAGAAUUAUUUCUGGAUCAUCCGAGUCAGCAAAAGGUAAUGAGGCAGGUGUGUCUCCUUUACAAUUGCGGACAGCUGCAAUGGCUCUUUUGCGGCAUGGACCAAGAAUGCCAUCUAAGCGUCGUGAAGAACUGACCGAGAUUGUUAUGAGAUAUUUUGGAGGAAGGGAGAUUUCUGAGGAGGAUUUGGAGAGAGCCUUGCUAGUUGGCAUGAGUCCUCAUGAGAGAAGACGACUUGAAAGGAAGAAAGGAUUGUCUUUUAAGCAUUCCAAAGAAAGCUUCCCACCAGAUGCAGGGCAGGAAAAGAACACACGUACAGAAACAUCCGCAGUGCCAGAUAUAUCAGCAGUUGAUACUUCAGAUACUAAAGCAGUGGGAUUUAGCCAAAAAGAAGAUCGUGAGUUUUUCAUGGUGAAGGAUGUAUGCAGUCCCUCUUUACACGUUGAAUCAGUGAUCGACGAAAAACCCUCUGCUGUGGUUGAGAAGAACUUGACCUCAGAUAGAAGUGGAGUUUCUGGUGCGGAGAAUGUCUCUAGUGUAAAUGUUGGUUGCUAUAAUAAAAGUCCACCAAAUGGAAAAGUUGACUAUUAUUUUACCAGAAACGAUGGAAUUGCCCAUCCUAAGCAUAAAUCAAAAUUAUCUCUAUUAGGACAUGGACCACAUGGUAAACAAGUUGUGGAUAAUCUAUUAAAGGAAUAUGGUGAUAAUGGAAUUCGUCAGUUUUGUCAAAGGUGGAGACAAGUAUUUGUUGAAGCUGUUCAUCCUCGUUUCUUACCUGCAGGCUGGGAUAUCACGCACAGUGGUAGGCGAGACUUUGGUGAAUUCAGUGUCUACAAUCCUUCCCACAAAGCUUCCGGCGGUACCAAGACUUGAAUCAAUUCAGAUAGGCGGGCAGCAACAUACAUCAUAAAAGUUCUAUUUCAUGUCCAAGAAAGCAGGCAGGUUGCUUUUGCCUUUGAUUUGAAUUUUCUUCAUCUUUCUUCCCCACCCCCCACCACCAAUAUCUAAUGUGAAGAAUGAGAAACUCCAAUUUUGGGCAGCCAAUUGUAUUUCUUGUUGCACUGAAAGGCCUCUACCUGCUUUUGCUUUGAUUUGAAUUUUCUUCAUCUUUCUUCCCCCCACCACCAAUAUCUAAUGUGACGAAUGAGAAUCUCCAAUUUUGGACAGCCAAUUGUAUUUCUUGUUGCACUGAAA